UUCUUUUUGUUAUCUUCUUUUGUUUCUUUGUAUCCCAUGAUUUCCAUGCUGUUGUUGUGAGAAAUAAUUGUUGUUUUGUUUACUGGCCUUCUUCAUUGUUGUUUCUCACUGCUAAAGUGUAGAUUUGUAUCAUUUUGUGAUGUUUUCCAUUUUUCCUUUACUCUUUUUUUGGGGUUUGUAGGCCAUGAUUUUUCAUGAUGUUGUUACAUCUCACAAGAAAUCAUUGAUCUUUAUUGUUCCUUAUUGUCCAAUCCUGUUCCCCCUUCAUAAAAAGGUUGGAUUUUUAUCACAACCAGAUGUUCUCCAUCCCUUGUGCGUGUUUGUCUGUGCCUUUUUUUUCUUUUUUCUUUUUUUUGCUUUGUAGGCUAUGAUUUGUAUUGAUGUUGUUCGAAAUCAAAAGCAAUCACUGUUUUUUUCUUUGGUUGCAGAGUGUCUUUGGACUCUGAGAGUUGCAGGAGGUGGGGAUUAGCUAGGGUUGACAAUGGAGACCUUGUCUCCAUCUUCUUCUACUCUAUCUGCUCACCAGGAGGGUUCAGCAGCCUAUGAUGAGUUCUCUGUGCAACAGGGCCUUCUCUUUUCAGAGAGCCUCAAGGAUUUGAAGAAUUUGCGGUCACAGUUGUAUUCAGCAGCCGAGUAUUUUGAGCUAUCAUAUACAAAUGAUGACCAUAAGCAAGUAGUGGUGAACACAUUGAAGGAUUAUGCUGUUAAGGCACUUGUUAAUACCGUGGAUCAUUUGGGUUCUGUAUCAUAUAAAGUAGAUGAUCUCCUCAAUGAGAAAGUUGAUGAGGUUUCAGCAUCAGAGAUCAGAGUGUCAUGCAUAGAACAGAGAGUUCAGGCAUGCCAAGAUUAUAUUGAUCACCAAGGGCUUUCUCAACAAACAUUAUUGAUUUCAACUCCGAAGUACCAUAAGCGGUACAUCUUACCAGUUGGUGUAUCCAUGCCUGAAUCUGGAAGACAAGCAACUGCAGUGUGUCAAGAAAUAGACGUACUUGAAGAGAAUUAUGAAUCAGAACAGUUCCAGGCCGCUGUUCGUUCGACAAUUAGGUAUAAGACGCCUCCAGUCAGUAAAAAGAUGCGUUCACCAUCGCCUUCCCCACGGGCACGCUCAUCCUCACCUUCUCAUCGCAAAGUGAAUUACUCAUUGCCAUCUAAUCAUAGUGGGAACCUUUUGAGCACAGAAAAACGAAGAUCAGUCUCACCACUUCCAAUUUCAAAUCCUUUUGCUCGUUCCGGAUCACUUUCAAGCAGAGCAACUGUGCGUAACGCACCGAGCACAAGAAGGUAUCCUUCAGAACCUAAAAAAUCAGCAUCGGUGCGCCUGCAUGCAGAACGGAACGACAGUAGAGAAUUCGAGGAAAAAUCAAGCAAAAGUAGAGGUUUCCUCAAGUCUCUGUUGAGCAGGCGAAAGUCGAGGAAUGAUGAAAUGCUGUACAGUUACUUGGAUGAAUACUAAGAAAAGAAAAACAUCUCAAUCUUCACUUUUGCAUUACCAUCUUCUCAUGUUUUCCCAUUUUUGGUUCUUUGAAAAUUUCUUGUUAUUGUUAUUCUCCAUGUCAGAGUUAAAAUGUAUUCAUGAAUUUCUGAUAUUACAUCACUUAAUUGCAUUCUUUUGCAUUGUAUUA